GCCGGUUUUUUGAUCCACUUGUUACCAAACAGGGGGCCAAAACCCGAAAUCCCAAACAGACCGUACAAAUAUUUUCAAAUUCGCCUAACUUUUUCAACCGGAAGAAAAAGAAAGCAGCGAUGGGGAAAGCGUCGGGAGCGAAGCAAGCGGCGGUGGUGUUCGGAGCCCUAGCCGUCGGCUGGCUGGCCAUAGAGCUUGCCUUCAAGCCCUUCCUCGACAAGGCCCGCGCCGCCAUGAACAAGUCCGACCCGGCCCGCGCCGCCAUGAACAAGUCCGACCCGGCCCGCGAUCCCGACGAAGACGACGCCGUCAAACCCGCUUAUACCGCCGCCGACGAAGCCUCUGGAACUCUGUAAGGUAGCAGACUCCGAACACUACUACUACUAGUACAAUCUACACCGAAUCGAUAGGCAAUAACACUGUAGAUUUUGGAAUCUUACGAUCAUGAAUUUCUAAUAGCUUUAUAUUAAUUAAUUACUGUUUGAAUUUGAAAAUGUUGGAAUUGAGGAAAUUACUGGCUGGCCGGUCAACUUUUGAUCU